AAUCGACUUGGCUUACAUUUCUGUUCAACUCUUAUAUUUAUUUUAUCCCAUUAAUUCAUUGAGAGUGAUCCAGCUCCCAAAGAAAAAUAUUUUUUAUUUACGUUAUGGCGUCGGUAGAAGCAAAACCAUCGAUUAAACAGCAGCGGCGAAAGAAGAAGAGCCGCGCAGAAAAGCUCGCUGCCGAGGAGGCGCGCAAUGACCGGCUGGCAAAAAUAAUUGCCGACACCAAUAAAGCGGCGCUUCCGGAGAACGUUAUUAUUGAGUAUGUGGAGCAGCAGGAGCCCUCCAUAGAAAACACAGAGUUUGCAGAGUAUUCAACUGUAUUUUCGCACUUUGCAGCCAACGCGGCGAGGUCAUUUGGCGCCAACGAUGAAAGCGACCAAGAGGACGGCACAGAUUCCAAGCAGGCUACUACAAAUGCUACAAAGAACAGCGUCAAAGACGAUAUUAAUAUGGACUCUAACAGCGACAACGACUCGGGAAGCGAUCGCGACAGCGCCGACGAGAACGAGUCGACCGAACAUAAACUGUCGCGAAAGCAGAAGAAGCGGAUCCGCAUGUCUGUGGCUGAGCUUAAGAAAAAAGCAGCGCGCCCUGAGGUUGUCGACUGGACAGACACCAGUGCUCCAGAUCCCGAGCUCCUAGUGGCAAUAAAGGCCGCGCGCAAUACCGUCCCCGUGCCCCUGCACUGGGGCCAGAAGAAAAAAUAUCUCCAGUAUAAGCGCGGCAUGGAAAAGCCACCAUUCGAACUGCCCGAAUUUAUCAAGGCCACCGGAAUUAUGGAGAUGCGCGAGGCUGUGCGCGAAAAGGAGGAUGAGAAUAAGGCCAAGACUACGGGCCGCGAAAAGAUGCGUCCAAAGAUGAACAAGCUGACACUGGAUUACCAGCGCUUGCACGACGCCUUCUUCCGCUUCCAGACGCCUCCCAAAAACAUGACUAGCCAUGGCGACCUGUUUUACGAGGGGAAGGAGUCGGAUACGACGUUUAGUUUCACUCCGGGUGUCUUGUCUGACUCGCUGAAGACUGCGCUGAGCAUUCCGCCGUUGGCACCACCGCCCUGGCUUAUCAAUAUGCAGCGGUAUGGGCCGCCGCCUUCGUACUCCAACAUGAUCAUACCCGGACUCAACGCGCCGAUCCCGCCUGGGGCGCAGUGGGGAUUCCAUCCUGGUGGGUGGGGCCGCCCGCCUGUCGACGAGUUUGGCCGCCUGCUUUAUGGAGAUGUAUUUGCAGCUGCUUCCGCGCAGAGUGAUGUUCCAGUAGCAGCAGCGACAAACAUUGUGGCCGGCGUGCCACAACCUAUCAGCGAUCUCUCGACUGGUGCAAAAAAGUACUGGGGCGACCUGGAGGUUGCCGAAUCUUCCGAUGAGGAGGAUGAUGAUGAAGACGAGGAUUCCGACGAAAACACAAACUCGGGUGCCGAGGAAGAGGCCAAUCAGCCAAGAGGCGAAGCAGAAGCUGUUGGGCUCACAGAUGAGCAGCUCCGCAGCGGAAUGGCCACCAUUCCGUCUGGCCUGGAGACUCCGAGCGUGCUUCAGCUGCGCAAGCAGGCAGCUAGAGAGGACAGCACGGCCAACAAGCAACUGUACACAAUUUUGCCUGAGCAGGCGACAGCCCAGCUGGAGGGAAUAAUGGGCUCCCAGUUCACAUACGAUAUGAGCACGGCACUCGAUCCGUCAAAGAAAAAGGGUGUCGGCGAGCCCGCUAGCAAAAAGUCCAAAGUAAUGGGCAAGGGCGUGGACAUUGCCAUCGACGCGGCGGAGCUCGAGGGCUUGGAUCAGGAGGCUCUCCAGGCAAAAUACGCAGAGGCAUCUGCGUCCGUUGGUGGUCACUCGGGCGCGGGCAGUGUCGCUCAGGAGGACUUUUCAGAUAUGGUCGCCGAGCAUGCUGCUACGCAGUCCCGCAAGAGGAAGCCCACACCGGCGACACCAGGCGCUGAAUCGGCUACGCAGAGGAAGAAAGCCAAGGACUUUAAAUUCUAAAAAAAAAUUACAUGAUGUUUGCGUUCACAUUGAG